AUGAAGACCUUCAUUGAAGGUUUGUUCACCGCUUCUUUCAACUCUUUUAAGGAAGUGGUGCAGAAGGACAUACAUGAGCGUUUUGACAACGUUGCCAAUGAGGUGGCUCAACUCAAGGAACAAGUCUCUCAGCUUAAGGGUCUAUCGGAAAUAGUGGGAAAAGGCAACACAUCUGAGAUUCUCUCUCCUUCAGCAACAAUUGGAAAAGACCAAGGACCAUCAUCUCAUAGUACGGGUCCUCCCGCAGCAAAGGGAAAAGGCAAGGCAUCUGCAAAUGUGGAUCCUCCUCCGGUUCGUCGUAGCCCUCGGCCAGUAAGAGAGGAUGUUCAAACUGAUGAAAAUGAAAUGAUGGAUUUUUUGAAGAAUUUGACCAAAUCAGCGAAAUGUGUAGAUAAGGGGACCCAAGACUCUUUACAAGAAGCCAUGGGAAACCUUUCUCAAGCAUCUCAUGUUAAAGGUUUUGAUCCUUCACAACAUCUGGAUGGUGAUGAACCAGCUGACUUUGCCACUCCACUGUCUUCGUUUAAGCCUGCGGAUUGGAGACCACCUACUCUGAAAGACGUGGACUCACUUGAGGACCGGAUACAUGAUCCCGAUUACUCACUAGUGUUUGUCCCUGAGGCAUUAUGGGGCAAACUUGUUGACUGGACCAAAACUUUCAAAGAACUAAAAAUUGGACCAUCUAUGCUCACAAAUGAGUUAGUAUCUCGUGUCGUCGGACCUUCAGAGUGGCUCCUGAAUAAGGAAAUUGAUGGUAUGAUGUGGUUAUUCACUGAGAGGACUUCCUUGCGGCGAUGGUUUCCAAAUAAAGUAGCCUUCAUGACAUGCUUGUUCAGUAAUCAAAUUACGAACUCUUACAACGAGUAUAAGAAGGACAAGAAGAAAUUCAAAGUGGGCGGACUGCUACAACAGUACGGCAUUGGCGAACUUCCAGCACACGGACGAACAAGACUAAUGUGGGAUCUUGAUGUUAACCGCAUGUAUGUCCCCCUAAAUGUUGGUAAGCACUGGAUCUCUAUGUGCGUCAACUUUGUUACUCGGUCGAUAGAGGUCUUUGACUGUGAGGGACUGAGACACCCCGGUGCAGUGGAGCCAUUUGCAGUUCUCAUCCCUAGAAUUGUCAAAGCCAUUCAGUCUUCUAAGAGUCGACAGUAUCAAGUCAAGCAGUAUACGGUCUCCUACGUCUCAAUGCCCUUCUUAUUGAACAAAAGUAGCAGUGACUGUGGAGUAUAUGCCUUGAAGCACAUUGAAUGCCAUCUUCUAGGCUUGGACUUUUCCCUGGUGAAUGACAACAACAUUCGUGAAGCGCGGCAGAAGAUUGCUUAUGACCUAUGGGAAGCUGCUAUUGAUCCUGUCCUUAUUGAAAGGAUGGCAAAAUUCACUCCCCCGAAGACAAUUUCAAGUGCUCUAGUGGAACUUGAAUAA